AUGGAUGAUAAUAUUACUGAAACAGUUGAAAAAACUGAUUCCACAGAUAUUCUCGAUAUUGAAACAGCUUUAAAGCGCAUCAAAAUUGAUCGAGAUUGCCACCCUUCUGCUGUUAAACCAAAACAUUUCAUCAAACUUCAACUCACUGAAACAGAUGACAUCACUUUGUUCGAAGCUGUAAAUUUAACAGUUCCAAAAGGAACAGAAGAAGCUGCUGCUGUUGAAAAGUACAAUGCUGACUAUGAAUAUUUAAAACAAGGUGCUGGUAGAAAUCGACGAACUUCCGAUGCGGAAUCUCAAACUGAAACUGUGUUAGUAAAAUCUCGAAGCUCAAACACAGAUCGAAUCAAAACGGGAGAAAAAGAUUCAUUUGUCAGCAAUUUUGAAAUGUUUGACACUUAUGCUGAACUUGAACAGAAAACAAAAGAAUUGGAGCUUGAUGACGACGAACAUCGGAAGAUGAAAAUAACAACUUACACUAAAAAGGGAAUGGAAGAUACUGAUGAAAAAUUAUCCAAAAGUGAAAACUUUCGUUUGUCUUCAAUGAUACUUCAACGUUUGUUGGCUGGAAAUAUUUUUCACGAACAUCAAAAAAGAUUUCGAAGCAUGACACUGCCAGAUCCCUUAGAAUUGAACAUAAAAUAUCUUUACCGUUUAGAAAAGCUUUGGGCAUACAAAAGCAGUGAAACUACAGGAAUGAAUGUUGUCGACAUGUGUUGGUGUCAGAAUAAUUCUGACCUGUUAGCUGUUGCAUAUGGAAACUUUAACUAUCGAGACAACAAGCGUUCAAUAUUCGGCAAAGUUCUCAUAUGGAGUAUUAAGAACCCCGUCAAUCCCGAAAGGCAAUACAAAUAUGACGUUCCAGUAACCGCUGUAGCUUUUUCAGAAAUGAAACCUCAACUGAUGGCUGUUGCAUUAUACAAUGGAACAGUAGAAGUGAUAGAUGUUGCUGACAUCCAUCCCAACAAAGAACAUUCUAUUGUAGCGAAAAGUGAAAGAAAAUCAUCUCCUGGUUUUGAACCAAUUUGGCAGAUUCAAUGGAUUCAAGCUAACAAUUUUGAAUACAUCAUGGCUGCAUCGCAGGAUGGUAGAAUCACAAAAUACAAAAUAUCAACUGGACCUUAUCUUGUUGGAUAUCUCCAAUUACAUCUUCAUCGUGUUGAAGGAACUGUUGAAGCACUCGAUAUCGAACACAAGAAAACCUUCAUUGAAGCUUAUCGUCAUCCACAGAUUUUAUGUCUUCAAAAGCAUCCACAGAACAUUGAAACGUAUUUGGUUGGAACUGAUGAAGGAUGCUUACAUGUUUGUUCUACAAACUUCCCCUAUCAACAUCUUAGCGUUCUUCAAGUUCAUAAAAGUGGAGUUCACUCUAUUGAUUACUCUCCAUACUCCCCAAAAAUUUUUCUAACUGCUGGAAAUGAUUGGACAAUUCGAAUAUGGAUAGAAAGCAUUUUUGAGCCUAUCAUUGAACUAUCAGAUGGAUUUAAUCCAAUAUAUAAUGCUUAUUGGAGUCCCAUACAUUCAACAAUUAUAGCCAGUUGCACUCAAGAUGCCGUUCAAUUUUGGGAUUUACGGCGGAAAAAUAAAAAGCCGGCAUCGAUACGAACAUUCGAAGGCAAAAAACUGACAGUAAUUAAAUUCAGUCCAUGUGGAAGAUCUUUAAUCAUAGGCGAUACUGAAGGAAAUACUCACAUCUAUGGCUUAGAAGAUUUUCCAUUUGCUCCACAUUACCAAUAUGAUGAACUUCAAAAAGCACUUUGUCACUCAUUGACAAAUAAGCAUAAUCUUGAAAAAUCUGUUAAACAACUCGGAUUUCUUGGAUAUCCAAGUCCGACAAAAAAGUUCUAA